AUGGACCCGACCGAUGCCCCCACGAGGUCCAUACCGGUACCAUACAAGUACUGCAUACAACCUAAAGACACGCUCGUUGGAAUAGCGCUGAAGUUCCAUGUCGACGGGCGUCACCUCUGCCGCCUGAACAGCCUCCCGCCGAGCACCCUGUCCACGACCCCGCAUUUACUGCACACCCGCCGGGUCCUCGCGCUGCCGCCGUCUGCCCGAGCGGAAGGCAAGGCCCACGUCUUUUCGGGAGACCUGCCCGCGGGCGAUGCAGCCCGCGACAAACUGCGGCGGGAGAAAAGGGCACGUGAAGUCGCGCGCAGUCGCUUCCAGACGUUGACCAAAGAGGCAGACUGGGGCGUCGUCCAGGCGUACGUCGCCCUGGCCGACGGCGUGGAGGACGAGCUGGAGUACCAAGCAAAGGCGAAGGAAGGCGCCGCCCUGCGGUCGCCGUUGGCCGACAUGAAUGGUGCGAGCUCGAGCUUGGAGGUGAGGGCGGUCAGUCGGUAUUUGGAUGAUGAGGAGUGGGAGGCUGGAGAGGCUCGCGAUGGCCGAGGAGCAUGCGUACCUCAAUUCCCCUUUUUGGCGGCACAGGAAGGGAAGUCAGAAACGGCCAAGAGAACUGUAUCCGGGCGAUGGUGGACGAUGAGAAGGAAGUGGUGA